AAUGGAAACUUGACAGCUCCAGUUUUCUAGUAUUCCUGGAAAGUGAAACUCCAUCCUCUGACAUGAAGACUCAAAAGGGUCUGUAUACCACAAAAAAACCUUUCACUGUUCUUUCAGCAAUCCGAAUGGGGAUUUAGCUCAGUAUAUCUUAAAUCCUACAUAAUAGUAAAUAAACACCUUCGGGGAUGAUUCAAUUAUACACUUUUUCUGCUUCUUUCUGAAAUAUUUUCCUACUUGCCCAACGAUGACAGCUUUUACUGUUAUACCCUCCCCUGCUUCAUUUGUCCAAGUUUCAAACUUUAGAGUCAAUAGCAGUAGUAGUAGGAGUAAAAUCCAUUGCAGUGGAAACCCAAGUGAGAGCAUUGAACAUGGUGAUAAUGGGUUAGCUGGUUUUCCCGAAAGGAAAAAAUCUGUGAUAAACCCAGGAAUCAUCAGAAACCCACCUCCUAGACCUCGCAGGAUAAUCCUGGUUCGACAUGGUGAGAGUGAAGGAAACGUUGAUGAGACUACUUAUACAAGGGUCGCUGAUCCAAAAAUUGCACUGACAGAGAAAGGCAAAGCUGAAGCUGAAGAAUGUGGAAAGAGAAUCAGAGAGAUGAUUGAGAAAGACAAUGUCCCAAAUUGGAAGGUCUACUUCUAUGUAUCUCCCUAUAAAAGGACACAUGAAACACUGAAGAGUCUUGGUCGAGCUUUUGAGCGCUCAAGAAUCGCUGGUCUUAGGGAAGAGCCUCGUCUAAGGGAACAAGAUUUUGGAAAUUUUCAGGAUAGAGAGAGGAUGAGAGUUGAAAAAGCUCUGCGUAAGAUUUAUGGCCGUUUCUUCUUUCGAUUUCCUAAUGGUGAAUCUGCAGCUGAUGUUUAUGAUAGAAUUACAGGAUUUAGAGAAACACUGAGAGCAGACAUUGAUAUUGGACGUUUUCAGCCACCAGGGGAUAGAAACCCAGACAUGAACUUGGUGAUAGUCUCACAUGGUCUAACACUUCGAGUAUUUCUAAUGAGAUGGUACAAAUGGACGGUUGAACAAUUUCAUGGGCUCAGAAACUUGGGCAAUGGAAACAUGAUUGUUAUGGAGAAAGGUUAUGGUGGAAGGUACAGCUUACUAUUGCAUCACAGUGAAGAAGAGCUAAGAGAGUUUGGAUUGACAGAUGAUAUGGUGAUUGAUCAGGAAUGGCAAAAAUUUGCAAAACCUGGUGAGCUGAACUAUGAUUGCCCAAUGCUGAAUUCCUUCUUCACCCACUUUGAUGAAGAAUGUACAUGUACCAAUCCUGAAGAGGUGAUGACUAUGUAACACGCAUUUCACCUUGUAACGAAACCAAAAUACUAUACUAAAUUAUGUAAUCAAAGUAAGUUACAACUUUAAAAAGAUGCAUGUUGUAUUGUAUCAUAAAA